AUGAAUAUUAAUGAGAAAUUACAACAUGAUGAUGAAGCAGAAAUGACAGAUGCUAGAAGGUUCAGGAGCUUGGUUGGCGGAUUAAUUUAUUUAACUCACACACGACUCGACAUUGCAUUUCCUGUUGGUAUUAUUUCUAAGUUUAUGCAACAUCCUUCAAAGGUUCAUUAUGGAGCAGCAAAAAGAGUAUUACAUUACAUUGCCGGAACUAUGGAGUAUGGAAUUUGGUAUUCUAAAUCCUCUAAUUUUAAACUAUAUGGAUUCACUGAUAGUGAUUGGGCAGGAUCAUUAGAUGAUAGACGAAGCAUUUCAGCCAAUGUUUUCACUUUAGGGUCAGGAGCGAUCACUUGGAGCUCAAAGAAGCAAGCAAUAGUGGCGUUGUCAACGUCAGAAGCAGAAUAUGCUGCAGCAACUUCAGCAGUGUGUCAAGCUAUUUGGCUAUAA